CGUUCUAACUACAUGCGUUCGGCAUCAUUUGGCGCGCAACUCUUUAUAUACAUGUAUGUAAACGAAUAAAAGAUGAACAGUUACGAUAGAACUUCUUUAAAAGCGGAAAACAGAUUUAUCUUAAAAGUUUGAUUUAAAAAAAAGUAUAUAAAUAUAUAUAUAAUAACAUAUAUCUAUUUACAUUCUGAAGUCUAAAAUGGCGAGGUUAUCAAAAAUGAACGUCUGGAGUUUCGUAUACCAAGUUGUGCUGAUGUUGUUAAAUACCCUUCUUCAAAAUGCAGAAGCUGAAGAAAGCACACCUCCUCCUCAAAGCAAUGAAAAUGAGGUUGCGGAUAACUUGGUGAAAGGAUUGGCGACCGGGUUUGGUGUAAUAUGCGGUGUGAUACUAUUUUUCUGCGUCCUCUGGUGCGUGUGUUGUGGGAACUACUGCCAGGAGAACAAGAAGCCGCUCGACAAUCGCCGGAUACUGAGAAAAAUAGGACCGACACCGUCGCCACCUAGAUCAGGAACGACAACUCGCUCUACAGUCCGCUCAUUUCAGUCAUCUUAAGGAAUCGGGUGUUUUCUUUUCUGUCGAAAAUGGAGACGACAAACUGAAGAACAUUGACAGAGAAAAUAGGAGUUUUUAUUCUCUUUCGAGUGUCUUUCAUUCUUGGUUAAUAUGAAGGCCAAAUAGGAGCAGCGAUGUCAGAACCAGCGCCCCUAUGUGCAAUACAAACGAUAUUACAUUUAUGUGCCGAGAUAAGACAGUAUUGUUAAGGACAGGAUACUCAACGCCAUUUUUUUUUUUUUAUAAGGAAAGCUAUAGUCAGAUCAGUGUCAUACGCUAUAAAUCUGCUGCCCGAAGUAAAUGGACAAUAUAUUUCCGAAAAUCGCACGCGUGAAGUGUUUAGGAGGGCGAGUACACGUAAAUAAUUGAGUAAUUUUAGUCCAUUGUAUCUUAUCACAUUCAUUUGACACUAGUCUCAAAAAUUAAGUCUAGCGAAAGAUGGUAUCGUAGGGUAGAAUAAGUAACGUUUUAACGUGCUAGCCAUAGCAAGUCAUUGUAAGGCACACCGACUUGACUACACGUGCUCCAGCCAGAAGUGUAUGCUUAAAUUUGAUGUUGAUAAUAUGCAAAGUGCUCUUUAAAACAGAACGUACGCCAUUGGCAGAAGCCACGUGAUUGCGAAGACGCAGGCGCAGACGCAGCGAGACAAAAUGGUGUAGUGUAAUCCUAUUAAAAAUACAUUGCUAAGACCCAUGACGAAACGGGUUACAAAUCUCAUUCCGUUACGUGUGCCAUAAAUAUCGUACUGUAUAGCUUCGCUCCGGAUUGCUUAUGCUGUGCACCACCUUUAACUUCUGCAUGCCUUGAAUUUUGAAUACAAUUUCUAUGUCAAAAUAUAUUUUGCGCACUAUCGACAGGUUUACGUCGAUGCUAUUUGUAGGAAGUACUGUUACAGACAUGCAAAACCCCAGCAUAGGUUGACAAUGAAACGUUUUGAGGUAUCUACCGUUACGUCACAGCAUCGCUUCAUUUUGCAGUUUUGUACAGUAAGUGGCGGCUCACUAUAGGCACACUUGUUAUAAGUUAGUAAUAACAAUAACUCAAAACCAGUGUCUUAUUUAAAUACUAGUGAUCAGGCUACUUGUAAUAAUAAUAAUAAAAAGGAGAUAUUUGAAAUGGACUGUCAGUAUUUUAUAUUAUACUGAUCGAACGAAAUAAGGGAACACACAUGUAGUAACAGGCUAGCAGCAAAUGCUGAAUUCGAUUAAAACCCUCAUCCAUAAUCCAUAGUGUUAGGAAGCUAUGUUACCGAUAUUCAACCUCAUAUUAGUGACAUUCAGUCACACAUUAUUAAACACAAAAUUAUAUUUCAGAUAAAACUAAGCUAAUAUUGAUGUUUUUUUAUUGACCCAGAAAUGUCGAUAAUGUCAGGGAUGGGGUUCUUAAUCACUAUCAUACAUAUAAUGUUGGACAUUAAUAAUAUUAAAUACGUAUAAUACAUAAAAUGUUUUGUUAGAGUAAAUAUGUUCAGAUUGACUGUACAUUAAUAAUGAAUUAUAUUUAAUAUACAAUUCAAUGUGUUCCUUUAUUUCUUUUCAUCAGUAUAUUUUUUCUAAAGAAGACCUAUUUCCUAUUCAGGACCACUAGUAUGUUGCUAUACAAAGUAAUGACACGGCAAAUGAUGGUGCGUUGCCCUUAGGUUUGGUAAAUGUGUAUCCAGGAGCCUAUUUCACAAAACAUCGUAUGUUUACGUCUGUAACUAGCAGUUAUACCGGUCAUUCAUUUACACGUGUUUGACAUCUAUUUCACGCAGCAA